AUGUCCAGCGGCCUGUCUACCUUCACACCGGCUACGACAAAGGAAGACCCCAUUGUGCAGAUCGCCAGGCUGUCAGGCGUUCCCGGUCAUACUAUGCAGUCACCCAACAAGGUCUUUCCGCCCACUAUAAUGGUCACGGCACCAUCGUCGUUCGCGGAUCCGCUCUCGACAUCUGCAAACAUCGGAAGCGUACUGCGUACCUCCGCGACUUCGAAGCUCCAUGUUGAGAUGAUUGAAGACGACGAUGACGAAGACUGCGAGUAUCCUGCUUAUAUCAAGUCGCUGGGUCCGAAAUUCCGCGGAGUAGAAGAACUCGUCAGCCAUCCCAAAGCAGACAACCAUGGCUUUGGCCCGGCGAGCCGCAUGGCGUCAUCAUCUGUAAGCUCCAGUUUCGACUAUGAGGGUGAGUUCAAAGACUACAAGUAUACCCACGGGAUUCUCGAAGAAAUGGGCGUUGAAUGCGAUGACCUGGCUAUCAUGGCAUACACCCUCGCUUACUUCAGUGCCGAGAUACCCGAUGGUGGCCAAAUGAUCAUGGCAUUAUUCCAUGAUGCGUAUACGAAACACCAGACGGGCCAUCCAGCUUUCCAUGGUGACAAAGUCAGCGACGAGGUUCAACAGCACUUCCUGGACCUAGCUUGCGAUGUGUCCAAACACAAGCCACACUUGCAUCUUCACGCAAGGAAAUUCGGAUCUGUUGUGGAUGAGGAAGAGCCUCGCCUGAACAUCGGUAGCUUUGAGCACCCUCGGCAGUUUCCAGCGGUGUGGAACGAAGACUUCGACGAAGUUCCGUUGCCUCUUAGAGAAGAACGUGUCGUUGUUGGACUAGUCCGCUCCGGUACUCAGCGCAAGAUCAUCUACGAGAAGAUGAAAGUGCGCAAAGAUGUGCCAGACGACCCAAUGGAAUUCUCGUCUUGUCAAAAGGGCCUUGAAGCCGCCCGCGCGCUCGCAGAGUAUCAGAACGACACUGAGCAGAUUUGUCGAGCUACACCAAUCCAUGACUGCGACCGGCCCCGUUUUGAGGGAGGAUUGCCACUAGACGCAGUACCAAAAUCAACAUGGGGUCACCUUCACGAUCUCCCAGGCGAAAACGAUGGAUUUGUUCAAGGCGUCCUGAAUAGACUGGAGAAGCUACGCGCUCACCCGGAACACUACGAUCAAUUAGUCGCAAACGAUUCCCAUGAGUAUGCGGCCGGCAGUAUCCUUGGAGAUCGGAAAGGUCUCGAGGAAAGCAUGAUCGUCGGUCUCUGGAAUGACUUGUACCAUCAAGACGAGUGUGACACCGACGCGCUACGCCAACAGGGGCUGCUCAAUCCCGAGGAUGACUUUGGCGACAAUCCAGAGUACCUGAAGGCGAAGAAAUUGUGGUGGGAGCAGAAGAUGGGCAUCCGCGGCAUUGAAGCCAUUGUCCGAUACCACAUGGAGCACGUGCGCUCACGGCGACGUCCUAAUCGAGCGGCAUACUUUCUGACCGAGGAAGAUGAUGCUACUCUUAACUAUGGAUCACCGGAAUACCCAGCAUCGCGUGCUGAACCCGAGGAAGUUCCUAAAGAACAUCGAUUCUACGACGCCCUUCAUGACAGCCCAGUGGAUUGGACAGCAAAGUCUGAACGCUGGAUUCGGCUGUGGCGUCUUUCAGUUAGCGACAUUAUCGCUCACAACGACUUCGACGAGGAAUGUCGCGAGCCGUACGACGCGCUCGUGGAGUAUCAAGACAGCCGCGAACCAGGCUGUGAAGCACACGAAGAGCCAGAAGAGUUUGCACGCCCACUACUUGCGGGGCGCCGUGUUCCUACUUUGGCUGCGCUGGAGCGGGAACGCCGCGAUUCGGCUGUUGAGCUGAAAAGCAUGACUUCUCCUGCUGCCGGGGUUCCACGAGUUCAGCGUACGCACGGCAGCAUUCCAGCGGCUCAAAUAAUGGCCAAAGACAACGCUUCUGUGUUGAACGCUGCAGCUCGUGAGUCAGGGGGUCUCAUGGAGCACAUCCGGGGAACUCGCGACGAGGAGGUAGAUGAUGCCGCUGACGCGGUAGCCAGUGCGCCUUCUCCCAAGUUCCUUGAGGCGUUCCUAAAGAAGAAGAAGAAGGUCAUCACACCUUCUCCUAAAUUUCUCAAAGCAUUCUUGAAGAGAAAGGCCUUCAUGGGUGCUAUCAAGUCUAGCAUCCAAGUUCCGCCUGGCAUUCUCGCCGACUAUUUGGCAGUUGAGGAUGAACUUCGAGAUCAAGAAUCAGGCAUUCCCUGUAACUUGAUACAACACAAUGUACCCGGUCCUGUCCCUAUCCAGGGACGCGUCUGGGUAGGCUCAUCGAACCCCGAGAUGAGCCGUGAUCAACGUCGCGAACAGCAGGUCACUGUUCGCGAUGGUAUAGCUCUGACCCGACCGAGGAAUGAUGCGGAGAACCGGUUGAUGGAUUUACUGCAUCUGUCUGUCAGCAAGGCUGACUCCAUACAUCGCCCUCGAAGGGAAUGA